AUGGUGAAAGAAGGAAGUGGUAGAGAAUGUAUAUCAAGAGGAAUAUUGGCUAAACAAGCCGCGGUGAUCAAAGUUGGUAGCAAAUCUUUCGAUCAAAAAGAAGGUGUUACGUAUAUUAUUCUUGAUUAUUUGAAAUGGCUGUGUCAUACAACCAUUUUUGUUUCAUGUUUAUAUCCAUCAAAAGCUUUUAUUACUAUUGCUUAUGGACGUAUUUUCCUGCACAAAUGUAUCGAUAAAAAUGUGGUACAGUAUAUCGAUCGCUCAUUACAUUCAGUUUCUCGGUGGAUAAGACGAUGUAAAUUGAAAGCAUUUUCCGCAUGUGUCGUCGAUGAUAAUGAACGUGUUAUUAUCGAAUUUCUUGUGCAAAUUCAGAGUCUGUUCAUUCAGGUUGCUGAUUCAAUAAGUAAUUAUCGCACUCAGAUUGCCAUCCUCAAGCGAAAUAUGGAAAGAUCACUUUUGCAUAUUUUUGAAGCCCAUAACGAAGUAGAUCGUAUCGAAAACAAAGGUGUUGUGUGA